AUGGCUGGAUACAGCCGCCCUCUCAGCUUCUCGGAAAGGAGGGGGAGCAUCAUCAGCGAGGAGCUGAGCCUGAACACCAACGGCGGUCCUACGAACCACAGGAUGGAGAAGAUGGCACAACCCCGGCCGAGAGGCCCCCCUACUCCCAGCAUGAGCACACCCGCACCCGACUUCGACCAGACGUUGACCGGCUCCCCUCCACCACCCCCUACGCCCGCUGCCUCGCCGGGCCCAUCCCAUCCCCAGGCCGACUGGAGCGAGGCCGCUGAAGAUGAGGACUACUUCUUGGCCCACGUCCGCCAGCACUUCCAGCGGUGCUCAAGGCCCCAGAGGAAUCGCCUACUCGCCGACCUGCUGAACAUGUGCACCACCCAGCAACUCAGCUUUGUGCACCAGUUCGUCAGUCCGCUCCUGAAGAAGGACCCUUUCACCAGUUUGCCGGACGAACUGUGUCUACGCAUCCUGUCCUUCAUCGACGACCCCCAAGUGCUAGCACGGUCUUCGCAGGUCUCGAGGCGGUGGCGCGAUCUACUCAGCGACGAUGUUACGUGGAAGAACCUGUGCGUCAAGCACGACUACGGCCGCAGGCUGUCCGAAGUCUACUACGGGGUGCCGGCGUAUGCGACCAGCAGGCCGAGCGCAUAUCCCUUGACGGAUCCCGACCAUGCCAACCACAGCUUCCCCGGAGCGUUGCCCACCGCGCCACCGACCCUGCAGACCUCGAGAAGUUUCGACUGGUCAAGCUCCCGGCCGAAGCUCAGGUCCUAUAAAUCUCACUUCAAGCAACGGUACCUGGUGGAAUCGGCAUGGCGAACUGGCGGCGCACACUCGACGAGAACGAUCACCCAGGAUGGUCGCGUUGUGACCAGUCUGCACCUGACCCCCCAGUACAUCGUUGUGGCACUUGAUAACGCCAGGAUACACAUCUUCGACCGGGAGGGGAAUGCGCUGAAAACUCUACAAGGCCACGUAAUGGGUGUCUGGGCCAUGGUCCCCUGGGAGGACAUCCUAGUCAGCGGUGGUUGCGAUCGUGACGUUCGCGUUUGGGAUAUGAAGACCGGAAACUGCCUCCACACCCUCCGAGGCCACACGUCGACUGUGAGGUGCUUGAAGAUGUCUGAUGCCAACACGGCAAUAUCGGGAUCGCGAGACACCACACUGCGGGUGUGGGAUAUCAGACAAGGCGUGUGCCGUAAUGUGCUAGUUGGACACCAGGCUAGUGUCAGGUGUCUCGAGAUCAAGGGGGAUAUCGUGGUGUCUGGCAGCUAUGACGCCACGGCCAAGAUCUGGAGCAUAUCGGAAGGCCGCUGUCUUCAUACGUUGAGCGGCCACUUCAGUCAGAUUUACGCCAUCGCAUUCGACGGUCAGAGGGUGGUCACAGGAAGUCUGGAUACCAGCGUCCGUGUUUGGAAUGCCCAUACUGGUGAAGCCAUCGCCGUCCUACAGGGUCACACCUCGUUAGUCGGUCAAUUGCAGCUGCGCGGAAACACGCUCGUCACUGGAGGCUCAGAUGGCUCCGUCAGGGUCUGGUCCCUGGAGAAGAUGUGUCCCAUCCACCGACUUGCAGCGCACGAUAACAGCGUCACGAGUUUGCAAUUCGACGACACCAGAGUCGUGAGCGGAGGCAGUGAUGGCCGCGUCAAAGUCUGGGACGUCAAGACCGGACACCUGGUCCGUGAACUUAUUACAGCGGAGUCUGUCUGGCGCGUGGUCUUUGAGGAUGAAAAAUGUGUUGCCGUCGCCAACCGGGGUAACCGUGUGAUGAUGGAGGUUUGGUCAUUCUCACCACCAGAAGAAGAUGCGUACCCGGAAAGGCCAGCCUCGCUACCGCAGCCAACGGACAAAUCUUCUGCCGGACGGCUCUUGGCUGUCGAUUAUCGAAGAUCCACGUUGGGCAUACCGACAGCGGCAACUCCCGUCGAAGACCAGGACGUAGAUAUGAGAGAUGCACCCUCAACGGCGCCUCCCAAUAACUCGACAUUCUUCGACGACGAUGAAGAGCAUUGA